GGUUGCUGAAGAGGAUUGUCCUCAUUAUUGCUCUCUGAGUUUCAAGAACAGGGCUUGAAUGGGGUGGUAUGACUCUGUUCAGAACAGAUGGAUGGUUUUGGUAGCCUGCAUCUGGAUUGAAUGUUGUGGAGGAGCAUUUUAUGGCUUUAGCAUAUGUUCUGAGGCCAUCAAGACCCGAUUUGGCUACAAUCAACAGCAGCUAGAUAGCAUCUCUGCUUACAGCAGCGUAGGACUUUUUGGGGGCAUAAUCUCUGGCCUGUUAAACCAGUGCCUCCCUGCUUGGCUUGUUCUGCUCAUUGGGUCUCUUCUCAAUUUGGCAGGCUACACAAUUGUAUGGCUGUUUGUAUCUGGGAGACUACCAGUUCCUCCAUUGUGGGAGCUGGGUUUAUUUACCUCUAUUGCCAUGAAUGGCUCCUUAUUCUUAAACACAGUCUCAAUGGUGACCUCUGUAAAUAAUUUUCCAGAUAACAGAGGACUAGCGGUGGGGUUGAUGAAGGGAUGCAUUGGUCUAAGCAGCGCCUUUAUUUCUACAGUAUGGAAGGUAUUGUUUCCAGAUUCAGAUGGGUCUUCCUAUUUGAUAGUGGCCGCCGUAAUCCCGUCUGCAGUCACCUUUCUGCUCAUGCCAAUUGUGAGGAAAUAUGAAGCAGAUAAUUCUGAAAAUGGGUCUUCAAGAACUAUGCAAAAUCUGGCUUUGGCGUCUGCACCCAUGGUGUUUUUAGCAGUGUUUUUCAUGGCUGCACCUUUCUGGGAUGGAAACUCUUUACAGGUGAGUAAUCUCAUUGUUUAUGAUGUUAUUUUUUUUAAUGUAUUAUUAGCGACAGAAGUUUUAAAUUUCUACCACCAUGGGCUAUAAGAUUUUUUGUUUUGAAAGUCAACUAAGUAACAGCACUGGAAGGGAGGGAGUCUGGGUGGUUGAGCAGG